AUGAGAGCAAGUAUCCCUGCCUUCCCUCCUCACAUCCCUGCCUUCCCUCCUCACAUCCCUGCCUUCCCUCCUCACAUCCCUGCCUUCCCUCCUCACAUCCCUGCCUUCCCUCCUCACAUCCCUGCCUUCCCUCCUCACAUCCCUGCCUUCCCUCCUCACAUCCCUGCCUUCCCUCCUCACAUCCCUGCCUUCCCUCCUCACAUCCCUGCCUUCCCUCCUCACAUCCCUGCCUUCCCUCCUCACAUCCCUGCCUUCCCUCCUCACAUCCCUGCCUUCCCUCCUCACAUCCCUGCCUUCCCUCCUCACAUCCCUGCCUUCCCUCCUCACAUCCCUGCCUUCCCUCCUCACAUCCCUGCCUUCCCUCCUCACAUCCCUGCCUUCCCUCCUCACAUCCCUGCCUUCCCUCCUCACAUCCCUGCCUUCCCUCCUCACAUCCCUGCCUUCCCUCCUCACAUCCCUGCCUUCCCUCCUCACAUCCCUGCCUUCCCUCCUCACAUCCCUGCCUUCCCUCCUCACAUCCCUGCCUUCCCUCCUCACAUCCCUGCCUUCCCUCCUCACAUCCCUGCCUUCCCUCCUCACAUCCCUGCCUUCCCUCCUCACAUCCCUGCCUUCCCUCCUCACAUCCCUGCCUUCCCUCCUCACAUCCCUGCCUUCCCUCCCAUAGGUUCGGGGCCCCACUAUUUACGGUUGCGACACCACGUGUCAUACAGCCAGUAUGCAUACGCAAAGCUGCAGGUUUUGCAUGCAAUCCUGCUACACACAGGGCAAAGCCAGGCCUGGGCAAUUUUGGCGACAUGA